UGGUAGAAAAAAAUAGUCUUGUAAGAAAAUUGAAGAUAAAUAAAAUUUUAAGAAUAUUGCUUCUUCGGUUCUUCCACAGUGGUUGUGUUCUUCGUCCACUUUCACUCAAACGCGUAUUUUUCAUUUUUUUAAUUUCAAUUUUCACUUUUACAGUUUUAGUUUCCAUCCAAACGCGCCACAACGAUACAACCGAACAAGAUCGCUUUCAACAACUCCUCAUAAUCUCCGCUAGAUCGGAAAAUCGCCACCGUCGCCUCAACCACCACCACCACCAUCGCACCGUCAUGAGAGAACCCAGAGAUGCAACCAAAACCGAUGUCAAAACCACCAAACCCGCUACAUCCACUACUUCUUUCCCUCUCAUUCUCGACGUCGAUGACUUCAAGGGAGAUUUCUCGUUCGAUGCUUUGUUUGGGAAUUUGGUGAACGAUCUUCUUCCGUCGUUCAAAUUAGAAGACCUUGAAGCGGAAGGUGCUGAUUCUCAACCUAAUGUGAAUAAAUUCUCGCAAGCUACCAAUCCUUUGUUUCCUGAAGUUGAAAAGCUCUUGUCUUUGUUCAAGGAUUCUUCUAAGGAAUUGAUUGAGCUACGUAAACAGAUUGAUGGGAGACUACAUAAUCUUAAGAAAGAUGUUUCUGUUCAAGACACUAAGCAUCGGAGGACACUAGCUGAGCUGGAGAAAGGUGUAGAUGGGUUGUUUGAAAGCUUUGCGAGGUUGGAUUCACGUAUUUCAAGUGUUGGUCAGACAGCUGCAAAGAUAGGAGAUCAUCUCCAGAGUGCAGAUGCUCAGCGAGAAACUGCCAGUCAAACUAUUGAGCUGAUAAAAUACUUAAUGGAGUUCAAUAGCAGCCCUGGUGAUCUGAUGGAGCUUUCUCCUCUUUUUUCUGAUGAUAGCCGUGUUGCUGAGGCUGCUUCAAUUGCCCAAAAAUUGCGGUCAUUUGCUGAAGAAGAUAUUGGAAGACAUGGUAUAAAUGUCCCAUCUGCAGUGGGAAAUGCAAAUGCUAGCCGGGGAUUAGAAGUUGCAGUUGCUAAUUUACAGGAUUACUGUAAUGAACUGGAGAAUAGACUGCUUUCUCGGUUCGAUGCAGCGUCGCAGAAAAGAGAAUUGACCACAAUGGCAGAAUGUGCCAAAAUUUUAUCUCAGUUCAACAGGGGCACAAGUGCCAUGCAACAUUAUGUGGCAACACGUCCAAUGUUUAUUGACGUGGAAGUAAUGAAUGCAGACACGAGGCUUGUUCUUGGUGACCAGGCUGCACAAACUAGCCCUAAUAAUGUUGCUCGUGGGCUUUCCUCCUUGUACAAAGAAAUCACAGAUACUGUUCGUAAAGAGGCUGCAACAAUCACUGCUGUAUUCCCUUCACCGAGUGAAGUUAUGUCAAUUUUAGUUCAGCGAGUUUUAGAGCAGCGAGUCACCGCCAUUUUGGACAAACUAUUAGUUAAACCAUCUCUUGUAAAUUUACCUUCCAUGGAGGAAGGUGGGCUCCUAUUCUAUCUUCGAAUGCUAGCAGUGGCGUAUGAGAAGACCCAAGAACUUGCCAGAGAUCUCCGAACUGUAGGAUGCGGUGAUUUGGAUGUUGAGGGCCUGACAGAGUCCCUGUUUUCAAAUCACAAGGAUGAAUAUCCUGAAUAUGAGCAGGCAGCUCUUAGACAAUUAUAUAAAGUGAAGAUGGAAGAAUUACGUGCUGAAAGUCAGAUUUCUGAUUCAUCUGGUACAGUUGGGCGCACAAAGGGUGCUACAGUAGCUUCUUCUCAGCAGCAAAUAUCUGUCACUGUUGUAACAGAGUUUGUGCGUUGGAAUGAAGAAGCAAUCACAAGAUGUAAUCUCUUUUCUUCCCAGGCUGCUACACUGGCUACCCAUGUAAAAGCAGUGUUCACUUGCCUCCUAGACCAAGUUAGUCAAUAUAUAGCAGACGGUCUUGAACGGGCUAGAGACGGUUUGACUGAAGCAGCUAAUUUGAGGGAAAGAUUUGUGCUGGGUACUAGUGUUAGCCGUAGGGUGGCUGCUGCAGCCGCAUCUGCUGCGGAGGCUGCAGCUGCAGCUGGUGAAAGCAGUUUUAGAUCUUUCAUGGUUGCUGUACAACGUUCGGGAAGCAGUGUAGCUAUUAUUCAACAAUACUUUGCCAAUUCAAUAUCUAGGCUUUUGCUUCCUGUGGAUGGUGCACAUGCUGCUGCUUGUGAAGAAAUGGCUACAGCAAUGUCCAGUGCAGAGGCUGCUGCUUAUAAAGGACUACAACAAUGUAUUGAAACCGUCAUGGCUGAGGUAGAGCGAUUGCUUUCAGCUGAGCAAAAGGCUACAGAUUACAAAACAAAUGAUGAUGGAAUGGUUCCUGACCACCGGCCAACUACUGCCUGCACAAGGGUUGUGGCUUAUCUUUCGCGGGUGCUGGAGUCUGCAUUCACUGCUUUAGAAGGUCUUAACAAACAAGCAUUUUUGUCUGAAUUGGGAAAUCGCUUGCACAAGGUUUUGCUAACCCAUUGGCAGAAAUAUACUUUCAAUCCAAGUGGGGGAUUGCGGCUGAAGCGUGACAUUACUGAGUAUGGAGAGUUUGUACGCAGUUUCAAUGCUCCUUCUGUUGACGAGAAAUUUGAAUUGUUGGGCAUAAUGGCCAAUGUAUUUAUUGUUGCUCCUGAGAGCCUUGCAACUUUGUUUGAGGGCACACCCAGCAUUCGGAAAGAUGCACAAAGAUUUAUUCAACUUCGGGACGACUACAAGAGUGCCAAGCUUGCAUCCAAAUUGAGUUCCUUGUGGUCUUAAGAAAAGUGGGCUUGUGAUCUUAACUGCCUCUCAAUCUUGGUAAAGUAUACAUUUCAACUUUUUUCUUUGGGAUAUGAAACUUGCUCUCAGACCAAACCGACCCAUUUGGCCGUGUUGGAAGACUGGCGCUGUUAGAAGAUAUUUUGGUAGUUUCCCCUCUUACAGAACGUAUCUGAAUGCAUGGCUUGGAAAGAAGAACAUGUAGAGCUGUAUUUUAAUAUAUUCAUUGUUUAUUUCAAAUUCCAAAAGUUUCCCUUUGUGAGAGUAUUGUGUUUAUAUUUUUCAUAUUUGAGUUGUUGAUUUUUAGUGCUAAGUGAGUGAACUCUGUUGAGACUGAGUAAAUAUAGGUUAUACUUUACCUUUAAUUAAUGUGUAACUUUAAUUUCCAUGUGCUGUUUAUGGAUUAUACGUUGUAAUAUGGCAUCUCUCUUGCUUUCUUUUUUCCAUCUCUCUUUCUCACUAAACAGGAACUGUUUUCUUA